AGAUUUAAAAACGAAAGAGUUCCAGAGACCAAGUGCAGGAUUUAGGUGGACUUCUGUCUAUGAGAGUAGAAAAUAUCUGGCUCAGAGUAAGUGGGAUGUGGGGAGAUGAAAAUUACCCCCUUGGCAUUGCAUCUGCAACAAAGUGUUUCUGAAUCAUAGGUGAGAAAUUACUGGUGUGUUUUCAACAGACUAUCAACUCAUAGUGAUUUGGUAGCAGCAACUGGAAGAAUUACUCUGUCGAUUUAGAUUCUCUUACCCAGAAAAGGUUUUCUGCUUUGCUGAAAGGCAUUGAAUGUUUGCCUGUUGUGUUGGAAGCCACCCUGAGUCCCCACAGGAGGAGAAUUUUGGGUUUUGUGGAAUCUCAUCAUCAUGUGGAGGAUCUUGCUUUUUGUCCUAGUCUCCCCGCAGCUCCUGAUUGUGCAGAAUGCCUGCUUACAUGGGGCGUGUUACCCACCUGUUCGAGAUCUCCUUAUUGGAAGAAUCCAUCACUUGAAAGCCUCUUCUACCUGUGGACUUGUCCAGCCAGAAACUUACUGCACUCCAUAUGGGGAAUGGCAACUGAAAUGUUGUCGGUGUGAUUCCAGAACCCCUCAUGUGUUCAACAGUCACCGGGUAGAAAAUGUCCUGUCUUCGGCUGGACACAUAAGAUGGUGGCAGUCCCAGAAUGAUGUGAAUCACGUCUCUCUUCAGCUAGAUCUCGAUAAGAAGUUUCAGCUUGAUAGCAUCCUGAUGGACUUCAGGAGCCCUUUGCCAGUUGGAAUGGUGAUCGAGCGUUCCACCGACUUUGGCACAACCUGGAAGGUUUAUCAAUACUUGUCCACAGAUUGUGCCACAUCAUUUCCACGGAUCUCCAGUGGUCUCCCUCAAACAUGGCAGGAUGUGCGUUGCCAGGAUAUGCAGACUCAGCACAGACCACCUCAGAAUGGUGGAAAGAUUGAGUUCAACCCCAUUGGUCUUGCAUCUGGGAUGACAACAUCUCAUAGCCAAAAUGUCAACAAUCUGGCAGAAUUCACCAACUUGAGAGUGAAUUUCACACAGCUGUCCCACCUUCCACACCAGGGAUAUCGAUUGCCUAGUGCUUUCUAUGCCUUGACUGAAAUGCAAGUGCAAGGGAGCUGCUUCUGUCAUGGACAUGCUGACCGCUGUGCUGUCCCCGAUGCUUCUUCUGGAGAACCCAGUGCUAUGAUUCAUGGACGUUGUGUGUGCCAGCACAACACUGCUGGGGCAAAUUGUGACCAUUGUGCAGCAUUUUACCAUGACCAGCCAUGGAGACCUGCUGAAGACAACAGUCCCAAUGAAUGCCGCCGAUGCAACUGUAAUGGACAUUCCAACAGGUGUCAUUUUGAUCCAUCUGUGUAUGAGGCCAACGGAAGUAUAAGUGGUGGUGUGUGUGAAGAUUGUCAGCACAAUACAGCAGGGCAACAUUGUGAACAUUGCAAGACCAACUUUUUCCGUAACCAACGAUUUGAUCUUGGCCACCCAGAAGCUUGCCUCCCUUGUGAAUGUGAUCCAGAUGGCACUGUUCCUGGUUCAAGUUGUGACCCUCUGAAUGGCCGCUGCGUCUGUAAGAACAAUGUACAGGGAGACCGUUGCCACCUAUGCAAGCCUGGAUUCACACAGUUAACCAACUCCAAUCCCCAGGGCUGCCGAGAUUGUGCCUGCAACGUCUUGGGCAGCCGCCGUAACAUGCCCUGUGAUGAUGAAACCGGGCACUGUUUCUGCCUUCCUAAUGUGGUGGGAGAGAAGUGUGAUGCCUGUGCUGCAAAUCACUGGAAAAUUGCAAGUGGUGAAGGGUGCCAACCCUGCCAGUGCAGCCCACAAAAUUCUCUCAGCCUGCAAUGUAACCAGUUUACAGGGCAGUGCCCAUGUAGAGAAGGGUAUGGAGGUUUGACCUGCUCUGCUCUAGAAAUCCGGGUUUGUCCAGAUCGGUCUUAUGGCGAUAUCAGAACAGGAUGUAGAGCUUGUGAUUGCAGUUUUGAAGGCACAGAAGAAAUGGGCUGUGACAAGCUGACAGGGCGGUGCCUUUGCAAGUCUGGUUUUACUGGAUCCCGCUGUGACCAAUGCCAGCGAGGUUACUGUGAUAAACACCAAUACUGUGAGGCAUGCCACCCCUGCUUCCAGAACUAUGAUGAUGAUCUCCAUCAGUUGGGUUUGCGUCAGGCCACCUUGAAAAAUUCCACACAGCUGCUUCCAGUGGGGACAAUGAGCUCUGGCUUCAGUACCCGCCUCUUAGAAGCAGGAAAUGAAAUCCAGCGCAUCCAAGAGAUUCUGGAAAAUCCUCUUACAACAGAGCAGGAACUGGGUCAGGUGACUAAAGCCAUUGCUGCAAUCAGGAAGAACAUUGAAGGUUUAAGCUCAGAAAUCCCUCUGAUGGAUGAAGUGUCCUCCCUGUCCUUAGAUGUUGAAGCUCUUGAUAAGAGUCUACUUCUGCUAACUGCACAGUAUCAAAACAAGGAAGCACUGUUAAAAGCCAGCCGCAGUACAGACCUUUCAGGAGCAUUCAAGACUGUCAGCUCUGCAUAUCAGACAUCGUUCAAUGCCAGUAGGCGGAUAGCUGGAUCUUCUACACUACUGGCUAAGGCUUUGGAAAACAGGCAAAGUGCUGAGAAACUUGAAAGUCGCCUUACAGGUCUUGGGUCAGAAUUAGAAGCUCUCCAGAAUGAAAUGGCAUUCUCUCCAAACUUGACUCCAGUCAUUAAUAAGAUUUGCAGUGGUAUCAGAUCGGAGAUCUGCUCCCCUGGGGAAUGUGUUGGAGAACUGUGCCUCAAGCAGAACACAGUAGAAUGUAGUGCUGGCCUGAGCUGCAAGGGGAUCUUUUCCCUUUCUGGCAACUCCAUCCAAACGGCCCAGAAAACAACCCAAGAGAUUCGCAACCUGAGUAUCCGACUUCAAGAAACUACACAAAUGAUCAGAGAUAUGGAAGCAGCUGCCAGCAAAAUUCAGACAAAUGCCCGAAGCCUGGGAGAUCAAAUGAGUACAACUCGGACGCAGCUAGAGGAGGAUGUUCAGCGCACCCAGCAGUUCAUCCGCCAAGUCCGGAACUUCUUGUCAGACCCAGACAUUGAUGCUGCUACCAUCCAGCAGGUCAGUGAGUUUGUUCUCUCCCUUCAUCUUCCUACUGACUCUGCUACGGUUCUCCAAAAAAUGAAUGAGAUCCAGAAUUUGGCUGCUAAGCUUCGGUGCCCUGAGGACAUCAUUGCCCAAACAGCUGGGGAUAUUGCUAAGGCCAAAAAGCUACUGCAAGAAGCUGAACAAGCCAGGAAUCGAGCCAAUGCUAUUGAAGGCAAUGUGGAAGAUGUGGUGGAGAAUUUGAGACAAGCAAGAACAGUACUUCAGGAGGCUGAAGAUACUAUCAGUGGCUCCAGUUAUUCCCUCCGACUCAUCCAAGACCGCCUUGAUGAGAUACAGACUGUCCUUGGUCCAUCUCAGCAGAGUUUGAGGGCCAUCAGUGAUCAACUGGACACCUUCACACAGAGCUUUAGUCAGCUACAAAACAAAGCCAGUCAGAACCUGCGGAGGGCUGCAGAUGCUCAACAGAGAGCAACAGAAGCCAUUGAUGAAGCAAGAAGCACUCAGCAGAGAAUGGAACAAGUGACCAAAAAAUAUUCAGAACUGAAAAAUCGGAUAGGACAAGGAGUGAACAUGGGUGCACAAAGGACUCGGGUCCAAAAUGCUCACAUGGAAGCUGAUACAUUGUUUAAAGAAGCUUUGAAUAUGAUGGCCAAAAUGGAAGGUAUAGGAGCAGAGAUCCAGAUGAGUAACAAGGAGCUUGUCCUUGAGUCAGCCAAGCUGGCAGGCUUAGAAGGAAAAGUGGAAACAAUUCGUGACUAUAUCAGCCGCCGAGUUACAUAUUAUGCCACCUGCACGGAUUAGAACAGGUUGUUGUUAUUUCCCAAUGGAUGCCUUUUCUUCUGUGUUUUCCUACAUGCAAAUAAAGCAACAUUAUCAGCCUUUAA